AUGAAAAACAAAAACAGUGCAUCUUAUUGUGAAAAGGUCCGACUUCCGGUGGUUGCCAGGGACACUGAGGAAGAGACAGUCCGGAGACCGUGGACCGUGCGCCAGAGACACACCCACAGGACCAGAACUCUCACACCCGAGCUCCGGGACCGACUCCGACUCUCCGCCGUGUCCUCCCCCCCUCCGGUGCGGUGCUCUUGGGCCUCCGGUGUCCUCGGGAUGAGCGGGUACGAGGAGUUCCGCUCGCAGCUGGCCUCCAUCAUGGCGGCGGUGGCGGAGAUGUGCGAGCUGCUGGACGAGAAGUACGGCGCCCUGCAGCUGGAGCUCAGCCGCAGCCACCGGGAGAACGAGGCGCUCCGGAACAAACUGCAGCUGAUCGAGAGCAUCGUGGCCCGCGGGGGACACCGGGGACACGUGCUGGUGUACGGCGGGGAAGAGGAGCGCGACGGCGGGGACCCGAGGCUGGACCCGAGCACCGAGGCCCUCACCGCUCCAGAACAAGGGGCCAAAGGGAAGAGGAGCGGCUCCGCUGUGUCCCCUCCAGACACCACCACCCACGGGUGCAGCCCCAGAGCAGCAGAGGGGACCCUGCACUUCAGCGUGAGGCUGACGGCUACAGAGAGGACAGAGUGGAAGGAGGAGACGCAGGGGACGCAGGGGACAGAGUGGAAGGAGGAGACGGAGGACACGCAGGAGGCAGACAGCGCAGACGUGGUGCUGAUCAAAGAGGAGGACACGGAGGAGGAGGGGGACAGUCCUGCAGCUCCAGACCAGCCGCUCUCGAGCCACACAGAGUCAGAGGAGAGCGCUGCUGGUCCCUCCGGUCUACACUGUGAAUCUGUGGAGUCUUCUCCUCCAGGGGGCGCCGUGCACACAGUCAUAGACCUGACCCCAGAGGGCGCCCACAAACCCUUCACCCUAAACCCCGCUCCUGACCUCCCCGCAGCCACCGACACGGCCCCGCGCGACACAUGGACCAACCGGAGCGUGCGCUGCGUCCCCGCCGUGCAGAGGCUGGAGCGGGACUUGAACGCGUUUCCGUUCAUCGGCCUGAGCGCGUCACAGUUGGACGUGGUGCGGCUGAGCGGAGAGCGGCGCUUUGUGUGUACGUACUGCGGUAAAGGCUUCUCGUCGGCGCGGGGGCUGGAGACUCACAUCAGGGUGCACACGGGGGAGAGGCCCUUCGGAUGCGCUCAGUGCGGGAAACGCUUCACCCAGUCCGGACACCUCAAGACCCACCAGAGCGUGCACACCGGACACCGGCCCUUCGCCUGCCUGCUCUGCGGAAAGAGGUUCGCCGGGAAACAGAACCUGAGGAUACACCAGCAGAAGCAUCACCCCAAUGAACCACAGGCGCCGUGACCUGGAGCUAAAGACCAGGACAGACACUGGACACUGGACACAGGAGCUGAAGACCAGGACUAAGCAGGUUUUACGUUCACUCAGAUGGAGGCAGGUAACUUUUGAUCCUGGCAAAAGACAUUGAACAGUUGAUGUUUCAUGUGGAUAAGUCCAAUAAUUACAGAAAUAUGAACCAUGAACCAGGUCACACAUCUGCAUCUGGAUCUUUAACAGUACCACAGAUGUCCUUUUAAAAUUCCUACUCAACUUAAACUGCAGGUUUUUUAGAAUAUCGUGACCAUUUUCCUUUAACCGUGUGACUGAGCAGUGGCUCCAGCUGUAGCAACUACAUUACCGACCAAACAUCCUUCUCCUACCUGAGAAGCUUGUGUCUUAAGAGGAAAAUAUUAUUUUCUGGUUAAAAAAACAUGUUAUAGAAUGUGAAUGAUUGUGUAAAACUUUAUGAAAGUGUGGAACCUUUCCAUAAAAAACCUCUUGGGAUUUUCGGUGUUGACAGAAUUUCUCUUCUGCCUUAGUUUGAAUGUAAUUUGAAGGUUUGUGUCUAAAACAUAAACAGCUGUUCUCUGGCCACAGUCGAUCCUGAAUGUUUGGGUUGAAGAGUUGAUGCUGUGUAGUUUAUUUUCCAUUCUCUGGAGAAUAUAAAGCCUCAGUGAAGCCCGUCUGAAUGUCUCUGCGUAUGAUCUGAAACAAUUUUUUUUUUUUUUUUUUUUUUAUCACAAUCUACCCAUCAGUGGACAGUAACUAGUUACAAAGUACCAUAUUUUCCGGGCUAUUAGGCGCUCUGGAUUAUAAGGCGCACUGUCAUUAAAUGGUCAAUUUCAAACUUUUUUCACAAAUAAACCGCACUGGACUUUAAACGAAACAAGGAUGGGAUGGGUCAGUUGGACUUUGUUUGUUCACGGUGACUCUGGGCUUUGUUCAGUUGUGGCGUGUAGGGAGGGUGCUGUCUGGGACCAACGGAUUGUCGGCGUGUUCGCAGUGACUCAGUUGUUCAGUCGUGUCUAGAAGUGGCACAUUGCACUCGCUUUUUCGGUUCGUUCCUCCGUUCCGUUCCUCCGUUCCGUUCCUCGUCGGCGUGGAGCGAUGAGUGUGUCUGUGGGUGUUUUUCGCUGUGCGGUCGCUGUCUGCUCCGUGUGUGUUUGCGGCUUUGUAGUUUACUGAAGUUGUGCUGUGACACCCGAGUGGAUUCGUGCAUGGGGCGCUCUGGAUUGCGGGGCACGCGGUCGUUUUUUGGUGCGGUUAGAGGCUUAAGAUCCCUAAUGACCCGGAAAAUACGGUAGUCACAAUAUAAAACUGAAUAACUAGACUACAGUUACUAAUCCCAGUAACUUUUAGCUACUUUUUCCCUGCCAAACUUUUGUAUAAUCGUAGAACUGUGUCAUGAAACAGUAAAAAAUAUAAACGGGUAAUAACAGCGACAGAUUCAGAUCAGAUUUGAAACAGAACUCUGUUUUAUGCAGGAUUGUGGCCACUGCUGCUCCGGAUUUCACACCAGAUUAAAAAACAGGAAGUGUAACUAGUGUCAUACUUCCUGUUACAUUUCAUGCUUUUUAUAAAUUUGUUCCUGAGUUGUAUGUUUCUUUAUUAGUUUAGUUACUUUGAAAAAAAAAUUAAAAAAACACCAAUUACUUUUGAAAUAAAGUAAUCAGAGUAGUAGAUGGAUUAGGAGGAAUACUAUGAAAGUAAUCUGGUAAACGUACACCACAGUCCUCUCACUCUCUCACAGACUCUUCAGGUUUGCCUUUCUGGAUGGUGCUGUAUUUAAAUGUAAAUAAAGAGGCAGAGAUUUUAACCCUUUUUUUUUGUCUAAAUAGAUUUGUUUUUCAUGCACGUCUUCCAUUCUGCUACACACUGCGUUAGUGUUUCCUCACCAGAAGCAGAGUUUAAACAUUCACGCGCUCCAGAGCUCAAAACACUGAAUAUAAAUGUGGAAAUAUGUCACAUUUUAGACGAUGUACUGAGGACAGGCUGGCAGCGCUUGUCCACCUCAUUAAAUUUCAACAGAGAAAAUACUGAAAACUUGAAAAUUGCCUCUGUUAAAGUUAAAUUUUCUACUAUUGUUAUUGAGCAGGAAUUUUACUUGCAAAAAUUGAAGUGUCUGCCUUAUUUAACAUAUAAUAUUUUGAGCUUUUAUGUUUAUAGCACAUUUUUCAAGCUCUA